UAAGGGAUUUCUGUCUUUCUCCCAUCUGUGUGCGAGGAGUUAGAAGCAGAGAAACAAAGAAAACCAGCAUGCCUCGUACGACCACUCUCGAGUGCCCAGGUUGCCCUCCACUUCGAGCUCUAACCUUCGACGAGCUUGGUCUCAUCAAAGUUAUUGAAGCUCGGGGUCAGCAAGGAAGAGCAGAACCUAAGGUGGUUGAGAGAUGGGGCGAGCCCGAUUCGUCUAAAAGCGUGCUCGCCGCCUCUAUCGAUGACCGAAAAUCCGACCCGUUACUAGCUGUUGCCAGAAGAAAUGGGACGAUUGAGGUUCUAAAUCCUCUUAAUGGUGGUCUCCGCUUCGCAGUCACCAAUUCUAGUGAUAACGGUGGGGACGACCCUGUUGCUGGAUUACAUUUGUUUGCCAAAAAGAAUUUGGAAUUGGCUUCUAGGUCUUGCACUUUGCUUACAUGUACAACAAAUGGAAAUGCAAACAUAAAAUCCUUUGAAUUGACUAAACCAGCAGCAGAUGUUACUUCUUCUGGGUCUUCAAGAACAUGGAGUGUGGGUGCCGGUGGCAGUAUCUCAUGUUCUAAAGUGGAUGGGAGUGAAAACUAUUUCUUAUUUGGAGGGAAGCGUGUUGAGAUGAAUGUCUGGGAUCUUGACAGCUGUGCCAAGAUUUGGACAGCCAAACCUCCUCCUAAAAACAGCCUUGGCAUCUUUACGCCAACUUGGUUCACAUCUGCCACAUUUUUGAGUAAAGAUGAUCAUCGUAAAUUUGUUGCUGGCACCAACAGUCAUGAGGUUCGUCUCUAUGACAUUUCUGCUCAGCGAAGACCUGUCAUAUCAUUUGAUUUUCAGGAGACUGCUAUUAAAUCUGUAGCGGAAGAUAUAGAUGGCUACACAAUCUAUGUAGGGAAUGGAUCUGGCGACCUAGCUUCUUUUGACAUACGCACAGGGAAAUUGUUAGGAUGCUUUUUGGGCAAGUGUUCAGGUAGUAUAAGAUCCAUUGCAAGGCACCCCGACUUUCCAGUGAUAGCAUCAUGUGGAUUGGAUAGCUACCUACGCCUUUGGAAUGUGAAGACGCGGCAAUUACUAUCUGCGGUUUACCUGAAGCAGCACUUGUCAAACGUUCUUUUUGACUCCAAUUUUGCCGAUGAAGAAGCAGAAAUUGUCAAUCCCCCAACCGAUCGGCUACAGCAUGAUGAGCUUAGUGUUGCUGAGAGAGAUGAGGGGGAAACACGACCUGUGAAAAAGAAGAAAUCUAAGGAAAAGAAUGGAAGCAAGAAGGAAGCCAAAGCAAAAGGCAGAAACAAGGAAGAAGUAUCCAGUUUGGGUAGGAGAGAUGACGGUGAAACACCACCUGUGAAAAGGCAGAAGUCCAAGGAAAAUAAAGGAAGCGAGAAGGAAGCUUCUGAAGAGAGUGGAUGCAAGAAGUUGAAAUCGAAAAAAAGUAGCAAAAGGCUAAAACGUGAAGAUGUUGAUAGCACAUCGUGAUCCCGUUGGGGCCGAAGGACGUGGUAUAUGUUCACGUAACUGGGAAGAAAGGCCGAACACGCUUAAAAGGGUGGAGCAUGUUCGGCCUCUGCUGCCUGACAAAAUUUUGAUAGGAAAACUUUGACAAUGUUGUAAAUCGUCUCUUUCGGGAGCCGGUACAUUUGCUAUUUAAUCAGAUUGGUGUUAAACUUAUAACGAAAUUAGUUUUUGCAUCCAAAGAUAAUUGCUUUAACCUA